AGAGGGAGGGAGGGAGGGAGGGAGGACCCGGCAGGGUGUUUGAUUCAGUUUGAGGAGGAAGAGGGGGCAGGAGGGAAGGGAAGGCGAGGGGGGCCCCGAGGCCCCUCCCAGCGGAGCCCGGGAGCAGCGGAGGGCGAGCGAGCCCCGGGCGGCGGCGGCGGCGACGGUGGCGAUGGCGGCCAACAUGUACCGGGUCGGAGAUUAUGUUUACUUUGAAAACUCCUCAAGUAAUCCAUAUCUUAUCAGAAGGAUAGAGGAACUAAAUAAGCAGACCGGCAGUGGGAACGUAGAAGCCAAGGUUGUGUGCCUGUACCGGAGACGGGACAUCUCCAGCAGCCUCAAUGGACUGGCGGACAACCACGCACGAGAGUUUGAAGAAGACUCGAAGCAGCCCACAUUGGUGGAUCAGGAGCGGCAUCAGCUCAAACACCGAGAGCUCUUCCUUUCUCGUCAGUUCGAAUCGCUACCGGCCACACACAUCAGGGGGAAGUGUAAUGUGGCCUUGUUGAAUGAGACGGAGAAGUUGAGCGAAUACCUGGAUAGAGAGGACUGUUUCUACUACUCGCUGGUGUUCGACCCCUUGCAGAAGACGCUGAUCGCUGACCAGGGCGACAUAAGAGUUGGGCCCAAAUACCAGGCUGACAUCCCUGACAAGUUGAAAGAAGGCGAGUCUGAUAAUAGGAACCAGAUGAAGAUGGAAACUAAGGUGUGGGAUCCGGACAAUCCACUAACCGAUCGGCAAAUUGACCAGUUUCUCGUUGUUGCUCGGGCGGUGGGGACCUUUGCUCGUGCGUUAGACUGCAGCAGCUCCAUCCGGCAGCCGAGCCUACACAUGAGUGCAGCCGCGGCCUCCAGGGACAUCACACUGUUCCACGCUAUGGAUACGCUGCAACGUAACUGCUACGACCUCGCCAAAGCCAUGUCAACUCUCGUUCCCCAGGGGGGGCCUGUACUAUGUCGGGAUGAGAUGGAGGAGUGGUCGUCCUCUGAGGCCAUGCUCUUUGAAGAGGCGCUGGAGAAAUACGGCAAGGAUUUCACUGACAUUCGGCAGGACUUUUUGCCCUGGAAAUCACUGGCCAGCAUCGUCCAAUUCUAUUACAUGUGGAAGACCACGGACAGAUACAUCCAACAGAAACGGUUGAAAGUAGCUGAAGCCGACAGCAAGUUGAAGCAGGUCUACAUCCCCACUUACACAAAACCAAAUCCCAAUCAGAUUGUGUCCGUGGGGUCAAAAGGAGGGUUGAUGAAUGGCGCCACAGGAUACCAGAAGCCAGCCGCUGGCCUGACUUGCGAGAGUUGUCACACCACGCAGUCUCAGCAGUGGUACGCCUGGGGACCUCCCAACAUGCAAUGCAGGCUGUGUGCGUCCUGUUGGAUCUACUGGAAGAAGUAUGGUGGCCUGAAGACUCCAACAGCACUGGACGGCGACAAGCAGCGCCUUCCCUCGGAGCCCAGGUCGAAGGGCCUGUGUGGGCGCCAGGACGGCCAAGGCUUUCUGUCCUACAACAGCUCCAAGCUCCUGGCUAAGAACCGGCAGACAUUCCUCCUACAGACGACCAAGCUGACCCGCAUCGCCCGGCGGCUCUGCGAGGACAUCCUGCGGCCGCAGAGGGCUGCACGACGCCCCUACUUCCCCGUCAACAUCGGUGCCAUCAAGACCGAGUGUGCCGUCAGACUCCCAAAAGCAGCGUUAAAGCCACUCAGGAUCCGGCCUGUCGCGAGGCCGUCGUUAGCCACUAUUGUGAAGGAUUUGGCGGAUCUAGCAGCACGAGGUCUAAUGAAGCCGAGGAUUCUGAAAGGGAGUGAGACGAACCGCACUCUGCUGAAUAUCAACCGUGGAACGGUGUCCUUGCUGGGCAAACGCAGCUUCAAUAAGCAGAAUGGGGUUCAGGGAGCUUCGAGUCCUGUUCACAUAAGGCAGAUGACUGCCAGCCCCCACUUGACCACCAGCAGACCUUUCUCAUCUGGGAUGAAGACGGACCAAGUUAGCAGCGAGCCAGCAUUGAAACGGCAGAAGUUAAACCCUGGAGAUGCCCCUGACCCGAUUGUCUUCGUGGCCACCGACCAUACCAGGGCCAUUCGGAAAGCUUUGACACAGUCAGAGAUGAGGAGGGCUGCACGGAGACCGUGUGUGCAAGUCAACGUUAAAUCCACUGGUGCAAGUCGCCCAGCAGUCCUGGGGGAGCCCAUUGUCCUGGAGGAUUGACCACGCACUUGCACAUUCUCUCCCCUCCCAGAGUAUAAUAUGCACAAGUAUGCAGGCACACGUGCACACUUAAUCACAUGCACUGGUGUGCAUGCCUACUAGCCCACACUCACUAACAUUCUCUUUCUCGAGCCCAUACACUCAUGGACGGUCUAUUACACUCGUUCUCAGACACUCUCUCACAGUCGUUCUUGAACACUCACAGACACACUCUUUUACAGUCGUUCUCAGACACUCUCACGGAUGGACUCUCUCUACAGUCGUUCUCAGAUACAGGCGUUCUCUCUCUUACAGUGAUUCUCAGACACAGUCGUUCUUGGACGCUCUCAUGGACACAUUUUCUCUCUCUCUUUCUCUCUGGGACACCAGCACACUCACUCUCUUUCUCAGGCAUGUGCUCCCUCUCUCUCUCUGCCUCCUGAAUACUCUGCGUCUCAUUUUCUGUGCGUGUGUCUGUCUGUUUCUCUCAGGCACUCUUGCUCUCUCAUGGGCCCAUUUCAAGCCCUUCUCAAAUCUUCAGGGAUUCAUGUGGGGACAGAAAGGGAUGCUCUGGGUCUUGUACCUGGGCUGUGGGAGUGCAGGGGCUGAAACCACCAUGCACUCCUCUGGUAGCCAGCAUCCCCCGAUAAUGCACAACGUGUAAAGCAAUGUACAUAAAUCAUAGUAUCUGAUUUCCAGCUUUUUAUUGUUUUAUUGUUUCUGCCCCCCCCCCACCCCCCAACCCUGCUUUUACCCCUCCAGGCCCUCAAUAAUGAAUUUCUGAAUGAUUGUGUUUUGGGGAAAAACUUGCAGUGAAUUCUUUUUCUAACAAAAAAAAUACUGAGUUGAAAAUUAGAAGUGCUGACCGCUUUGAUAUCAGGAUUAUUGACACGUGGUAAUAUUUUGUGUGCUUUUUAAUUCCUUUAUGCUUUUUUAAAAAAAAUACUCCCGGUUUGUCUGCGCCACCGAGGGAGAGUUUCCUCCCACUCGCUCGAUUGGGAUGUCGGGCGGUGCCCAAGGUGGCACUUGGGGAUUUUUGAGUGCACUUGUCUGGAGGUUUUUAGACAUGAGUCCAGAUAUGGCAACCAUUUUUGUAAAAAAAAACA